UUAAAACAGUGCUAAAGACAUUAUAAAAAAUGGAGAACAAUUUCAACCAAGAGGAACGUGAGCUCUUGGAGCAAGCAAACGGAGUCGCUACCUUAGCCGAGUGUUUCGCGUGGUUACAGCGAUGUGACGAGUGUAUACAACAGCUCGAGGAACUUAGCCGCAUCAAGCGUCCUCGGCACACCGUCGGACAAAGACAAUCGUUGGUGGCUAGAAUCGCGCGACUCGAGGGUAAAAAGACGCGACUGCAGAGACGUUUCGUGCACGUCGGCGGUAAUUACGCGAGUGAUAACGCGAAGAGACUCGUAUGGCGAGAAAUAGAUACCGCGUUCGAGAAUCGUGUUCUGACCGGUGCAAUAAUUAACGCAGACUAUAUCGAGCCGCGGCAAUUUCUCGAAGAUGCCGGUGGUAUAGUGCUCGAGCAUGUGCGGGACGCCAUAGAAAGACACGAUAGUGUGAAAGUGAACAUCGCGUUUAAUGGUGAGUUCGUAACGGGUGAAAAACACGCCAACAAGAGUAUCACUACGAAAAAUUGUGAACUAUUUCAAACGUCAGACUUGAACGAGUGGUACGAGCGGUGCGUCAUCGAGCCCACGCUAGCGUCCCUCGAAGAGUUUCAAGAACGCGAUAGUGGGUGGGCUUUGUCGUGUAUAUUAAAUUUAACUAUAAACGUGAACAAGUACAAUCCUCUACACGCGGGGUGUUACAUAACAUUACCGCGAGAAAUAAUUUUGAAAAAAGCAGUAGUGAACAUUAAUUCGAAGGACAAUGCGUGCUUCGCGUGGUCAGUGGUCGCCGCUCUGCACCCUGCUAAAGAACAUCCAUAUCGGGAGUCGUCGUACCCUCAUUAUACGACGGUCUUAAAGUUCGACGACAUCGAGUUUCCCGUUACACUAAAGGACAUUGGGAAAUUUGAGAGACUCAACGAUGUGUCGGUCAAUGUCUACAAGAUCAGAAAGGAAAUGGCGAUGCUAAAGAUUCUUCCGCUGCGGCUUUCCAACGACAAAAGGGAGAAGCACGCCAAUUUUCUAUAUGUGCAAGAUUCGCGCGAAGACAGCGUGGGUCACUUUGCAUGCAUCAGGAAUCUGUCCCGCCUAGUGAGCUCGCAAGUGAGCAAACACAAUGGAAAAGUAUACAUUUGCGAUCGGUAUGUAUAUUAUAUAAAAAAUAAAUACACUCGUGUUCUCUUACAAAAAAAAAGUAAUUAAA